CACCUGUCACGUGCAUAACACAGAAGAUGAGACAUAUGAAGGAAGGCUGUUUGCCACGCGCGUCAGUGUGAGUGUGUGGAUGUGAUGUGCGCUUUGUGUGUCCGCGUCGCCUCUGCGUCUGUGCGCUCCGCGCCGUCUCUGCCUCUUCAGGGAGGAGCGCACCUUGUUUGGCUCAGUCGAGUCCCGGCUCUCCUCCGCGCGUAAUGCGGACUUCUGCCUGCACCGGACACCGCAGAGGCUCACUUCACGGAUUGUUUCCAGAGCUGUGAAAGACUGAUUUCUGUCCUUGGACGUAUUUUUUACUUUGUUUGUCCGCAGUUUUCCAAGUGAUCAAACCUUGAAAAUGUUACUGCACUGUGCGCUCAUGACUGGAAGCGGGUGCUUGAAAUGGGUGGCCACAUUGCUGCACUUGGGUCUGUUCGUGCAGCUGUGGGAAACGACAGAGGCCAUGCACCCAGACUGUGCCCUGGUGCUUCAGCACAUGAAGGCUCAGGAAGAAUGCAACCAGAUCCUCCAACAGGAGGAGAACAACCACUCCACCAGGACAGGUUGUCCGACGGUGUGGGAUGAGAUUCGUUGCUGGUAUCGUGCUGAGGUGGGACAGGUGGUCCACGUCUCCUGUGCCAAUGCCUCCCAGCUGUUUGCUAAUAACCAAGGUUACAUUUACAGGAACUGCACUGAGGAUGGAUGGUCUGAGCUCUACCCCUCCUACGAGGAGGCCUGCGAGUUCACGGAGUACGAAGAGUCCGAACCAGAGACAACCUACUUCUCCAACUUCAAGCAGGUGUACACUGCUGGCUACGCUACCUCCCUCAUCUCACUUAUAUCAGCUAUUUUUGUCUUCACGGUGUUCAGGAAGUUUCACUGCACCAGAAACUACAUCCACAUCAACCUGUUCUUCUCCUUCAUCCUGAGGGCGAGCGCUGUCUUCAUUAAAGAUGGCGUCCUUUUUUCUGAUGAGAACCUGGACCAUUGCUUCAUGUCUACUACAUCCUGUAAAUCAGCCGUGGCGUUUUUCCAGUUUAGUAUCCUCGCCAACUACUUCUGGCUGCUGGUGGAGGGCAUGUACCUGCAGACGCUGCUCGCUCUCACCUUUGUCUUCCAGAAGAAAUACUUCUGGUGGUACAUACUCAUCGGCUGGGGUGUCCCAAUGACAAUCAUCACGGCGUGGAUCCUCACUCGCAACUUCUACGAUAACAGGGGGUGCUGGGACGACACAGAUGUGGCCUUCAUCUGGUGGAUCAUAAAAGCUCCAAUAACUGCAUCACUACUGGUGAACUUCAUCAUCUUCAUCAAUGUGAUCCGCAUUCUGGUGCAGAAGCUGAGAUCUCCAGGUGUCGGCGGCAACGACACCAGUCACUUCAAGCGGUUGGCCAAAUCCACUCUGCUUCUCAUCCCUCUGUUCGGGAUGCACUACAUGGUGUUUGCCUUCCUGCCAGAAAACACCGGAGAGGAGGCUCGAAUCUUCAUCGAGCUUGGCGUGGGAUCCUUCCAGGGAUUCGUUGUGGCCCUGCUCUACUGUUUCCUGAACGGUGAAGUGCAGGCCGAACUGAAGAAGAGGUUCUGGAAGUGGCAGACUCAGAGCUACCUGAGCUACAGUAAACGACGUCGCACGUUGUUCACUGAAAGCAGCACAGUCACUCAGAUUUCAGUCCUGGACAAAUCCAGCCCCAAAGAUCAGCCCACCUCAGAGACUCACGCCCUCACAGCCAGCAACGUCUCCACCGUCUGAGGAGCAUUGGACAGCGCUGGUCUUCACGUCCCGCCCGGCGCCAUCCUGAACAAGUGACCAAACCACAGAGCCUGAUUGUUGAAUGUUUAAGGUACCUCCUAACUUUACACGGUUUGUAUCAUCUGCAGAACCCCACACGGGCUGCCACAUUUCCAGCUGUUAACUUAAGCCACUAACUUUUUGAUUUGUAGCGUCCCACACGUCUUUCACAUUCAGCUUUCCCCCAUGAUUUUAUUUUUUAACUGUCUUUUUCAACUUGGUAUCGGCAGGCGGAGAGGUUGCAUCUUCUCUCGCCUCUUGUGUUUGUCAUCGGAGGGAUUUUGCUUUGGGGGUCCUCCUCCUCCACAUGCUUACUCACAACCACCGAAUUAUCCCUCCCCUUUUACCAAAACGCUGAUGUCACAGCAAGCGCACAGCGAAUGUGGCUUCAGAACAUUAGUUUUAGCUGAAUCAAUUUAAAAACAGAAUCAGGUUUAGUCUCUCAGCCCCCCUGCAGAGCUUCUGGUUCAGGUCUCAGCAGCCGUACUCUUUGUUGUUAGCCACAAAGACGGACAGCGAUGUGGAGGAGUGAGAGGGAAACUGGACUCCUUCCCAGGGUGUCAAAUACCGCCCGCUUGGUACGUGACAAAGCGCCGGUAUGCGACGAGCUGGGAUGAAAACGUUUUCAGGGGGGCAGGAAUUUCUUGCAGCUGUGAGAUUAAAAAGUUGAGAGUCUCCACCAUUUUCAGGAUUGAAAAUGUUCAGAAAAUUAAAAAAUAUCUAUAUUUUUAAUGACUGGGGCUCUCAUAUGUAUGUCUGAACAAAGUCACGGUAAGUUUACCUCCCAGGCUGCACAUACCACAGCUGUUCACUGAACUCUGAUCGCCGUUUAUGCACUUAAUGGUCCUUGAAGUAUUCAUUUUUUAUGGUUUAUGGAUUAGUGCCAUUUCGUUAUAUUUUCUUGCAGUCACUGAUUCAGUUUAACCCUGUGAAUGAGAGAGCUUUUCUCUUUGUUCGACGCCCGUGUUACCGUUAGCGGCUCUGCAUGCCACAUGU